AUGACCCUCUCAAUUCAUCCAUUCGAUCCCCUCCUACCGGAGGAGAUCUCCAGGGCUGCUGAUGUUGUCCGCCCGCACUUCGCCGGGCGAGAGAUCAACUUUCGCGUCAUCACCUUGCGCGAGCCUCCCAAAAAGCAAAUGAUCCCCUUCCUCGAGAAAGAGCAUCGCCAUCAGCCUGUGGGAGUCCCUCCGACUCGCUGCGCCCGUGUUGAGGUAGUCCUGGAGAGUAAGACGGGCAACCAUGAGUUAUUCGAGCUCCUCGUUGACCUCGACAACAAUCGUGUAACGGCCAAGCAGCACCACAAGGGCAAGCAUUCUUACAUUGACUCCGACUACAUGAGGAAGGUUGAGAACGCCUGUUUGGCCGAUGAGAGAGUGCAGCAGCAGAUCCGCAGCCUCGAUCUGCCCAGCUGCGCGACAGUUGUUGUUGAGCCGUGGGCCUACGCUACAGAUGGGAUGAACGACAUGACCCAGAGAAUUACAAUGAACCCUGAUGCAAACUAUUAUGCCUAUCCCCUCGACCUCUGCGCCGAGGUCUCUGAGCAACUACAGGUCACAAAAGUGUAUCGGCUGCCGACGUCGCCUCACGAACGCGUCCACAACGAGGACCGCCCCUUUGACCGUCAGAGGGUUCACGACACAGCUCUCAGCGAGUACCACCCUGAACUGCGGCCGCCCCCUCGAACCACAACCAAGCCGUAUCAGGUUGUCCAGCCCGAGGGACCCUCGUUCAAGAUUCGUGGAAAUCAUCUCACCUGGGAGAAGUGGAGUUUCAGGGUAGGCUUCAACUACCGCGAGGGCAUGACUCUCCAUGAUAUCCACUACGACGGGCGGAGUCUCUUCUACCGUUUGGCCCUCGCCGAGAUGUUCGUGCCAUACGGUGACCCUCGGGCACCCUACCCUCGCAAAGCCGCAUUCGACCUCGGCAACGACGGCGCUGGUCUGAAUGCCAAUAACCUACAGCUUGGUUGCGAUUGUCUUGGUACAAUCAAAUACUUCGACGGCUACCACAACACCUCGACUGGAAAGCCACUCAAGAUGCCGAACGUUAUCUGUUGCCAUGAACAAGAUGACGGUAUUCUAUGGAAGCACACAAACUUCCGUACAGGAAACGCCGUUGUCACGCGGUCACGGAUCCUUGUAUUGCAGACCAUCAUCACCGUCAGCAACUACGAAUAUAUCUUUGCAUUUCACUUCUCGCAAGACGCUUCCAUCUUUUUCGAGGUUCGCGCUACAGGUAUCCUCUCGACCGUGCCCCACGCCGUCGGGCUGAAGGAGAAAGUUCCCUAUGGCACUGUUGUCGCCCCCGGCGUUCUUGCUCCCUAUCAUCAGCAUAUUUUCAGCCUGCGGAUCGAUCCCGCGGUCGACGGCCAUGCGAACUCACUUGUAGUCGAAGAGUCGAAAGCGCUGCCUGUUGGCGACCCUUCCGUCCACAACCCGUUCGGCGUCGGCUAUAUCGCCGAGCAGAAGGUCGUAGAGCAGGAAGGAGGAUUCGAUCUAGAUCUUACAAAGGCCCGUGUCUUUAAAUUUAUCAACGAGAGCACCAUCAACCCCAUCACCAACACCCCUGUCGGUUUCAAGCUCCUGCCAGCGUACAGUCAGAUGCUUCUUUCCCAUCCGGACUCAUACCACGCGAAACGUUCCGAGUUUGGCAAACACGCUGUCUGGGUAACGCGGUACGAGGACGAUGACCACUUCCCAUCUGGCAAGCAUACUAUGCAGUCCUCUGGCGGAGAUGGCAUUGCGUCUGGUAUUGCGAAGCGGGACGCCACGGGGAUGUCCCACUCGGUCAGAAACAGCGAUAUCCACGCAUUUCCAGCGGUCAUGUCGUCUGCCGCGCAUGAGAACGAGGAGGACGACCCUCAGCGGGUAACCACAAAAAUAGGCAAAGCCUGCGAGCCCUGUCGGCGCCGUAAGGUCAAAUGCGAUGGUGCACAGCCAUGUUCGCAGAUUGGCUGCCAGAAGAAUCCCUCUCAAUGCAUCUACAGAGAUAGAACCCGGAUCAGACGGUCGAGGGCGCGCAGGCAGAACUGA